UUAUCAUGAAACAAAUCUAACAACAGAAAUAAUAGUGAUAAGCACUUUUAAAGAAACAGUAUAUCAAUAAUGAAGCAAUAUCUAUGUCUUUCUAUCUUGGUACUACUAUCACCAUCAUUUGCUCCCAUCCACGCCCGCAACAAAUCACAUUCCGCAAUGUCUCCCUCACCGGUAGCAACUCCGGCGCCAGGACCGUCAAAUUCUGAUUGCUCGAGCGUAAUAUAUGACAUGAUGGAUUGUCUAUCGUACAUAACCCCCGGAUCAAAUGAUACCAGUCCCACGAAAGUGUGUUGUGGGGGAAUACUAUCUGUUUUACAAUAUAAUCCUAAGUGUGUUUGCGUCGGCUUAGCGAGUACCAAAGAUAUGGGGAUUGAAAUUAAUAGCACUAGAGCUCAUUCCAUGCCCACGACUUGCAAGCUCCCCAUUGCUGCUCCCCAUUGUGCUAUACCGGGCGCGUCAGCACCGGGUGCAUCUACUCCUGUUUCACCAUCAGCUGGAACACCUAUGACUUCACCAUCUUCAGACGAGUCACCAACAUCGCCAUCUUCAGACGAGUCACCAACAUCUUCACCAUCUUUGGCUGAGUCGCCUGGAAUGACGGCACCGUCUCCCUCAAGUUCUGGCACCAACCAGCUCUCAGUUUCAACACUGACCCUCUUUGCCAUUAUCGUGUCUUCUAUAACAUACAUUUUGGGUUUUUUCUAAUUAAUUGUAUUUUUCACAUCUCAUAUAUAUUUUUACUGCGUUUGACAUUUUAUUGUUGAGAUUUCAUGACUGAUGCUGUUUUAAUUUGAUGUUCUUGGUUAAUCAAAUUUUUUAUAUGCUUGAA